UGAGAAUGAUGCGAAUCGAGUUUCUAACCUUCUGUCAAAUAUAUCGUCAUCAUCAUUUUCAGUGGAUUUUACGCUAGAUACAGGACCUUGGAAUGGUUUAAUUGAAAGUUGCGGAUUGUUAAUAUCGAGAAUUAUAUUUGGAAUAGUUUAUGUACUUAUAAUAUUGGCAAGCGUUUAUAUGUUAUUCUCGGGAAUAAAUAAGCAAAUAGAUCAGAUCAAAAAUCCAAGACCUUGGCUGCUUGGAGGGGUUGCUUUAAUGUUUCUUAUAAUGGUUGAGUAUGAUCCUUGGGCAAUAUAUCUUGAUAGAUUAUCAGAAACAGCGUAUGAAUCUAUUGUUGGUGCUGGCUAUCUUUUAUUAUGUCUUUGUUAUGCUGGGUUUUUAUUUCCAUGGUAA